UGGACAAUGACACUAGUAUGGGUGUCGUUCAAUUUGAGCUAAAAUCAAGACCAAAACGAAAGAGAGGGCAGCUAGUGAUUAAAGAAAAGGCGACAUAAGUUAUCGAUUUGAAGGACGAGGAUGAUGUUAAUUUGCAAUUGGUGGAGUCGACCUAUGAAUCGCAGAAAAGGCUGUAUGAAUACCUUAAAGAUGUUUAUGCGAAGUCUCUUUGGUCUAAUUUAUUUCCUUUUUUGGUCCUUGCUGACCAAUUCGGCCAAUUUUCCCGAUGAUAUUAAAAUGAUUAACGAAAUUGGCCAUAUAGGGGCUAGCCAUUUUCUGCAGGUUAUUAGUACUCGCCUUGUGUCAAUUGGACAUACACAGGAGGUGUCUUUUGAAAAGGAGAAGAAGGAUGCUGCAACCAUUGAGAAGCUGACAAAGUUUGUGAAUGAAAAAGAACAGAAGGUGAUUGAACUUUCUUCUUCUCUGAAGUAGAACUCGGAGCUUGUUGGUGUAAAGAGUCACCAGUUGUCCACAGAGGAAGAAUUGAAAAAAUUGAAAGUCGAGAAUCAACAGUUAGGUGACCAGGUAAAAGAGUCAGAGACUGAGGUAUAUAAGGCCUUUGCCCAGGGAUUUGACCGAGCAGUUUCUCAGGUUAGAGUUGUAUUCCCAAAAAUGGAUGUUGAGAAGUUGGAUGCG